AUGGCAACGACUGAGACCACAACUCCCACAAAAAACUCGUUGACAUCCUUCCAAGUCAGACGCAAUCGAUGGAAGAAUGCUCCUCGUGGAAAGCUAUUAGCAAUGCCAACUUCUCCUUUACCAGAAGUCACGAUGCAAUCAGUCAAUAAAUUACCACUACCACCUUCACCGUCAGCUGCUGAGGUCGCAUCAAAAGCAAGGCAAGGUCUUCAAGAAAUAUCCUUUGCAUCGCCUUCCACAGCAGAUGCACCUCCAGCUACGUCUAGCAGUUUUAGCUUCUCGGAGAAGGGCAAAACAACAACAGAAACAGCAACACGAGCCAUACAAUCACCAUCGUCUUCACUGAUAUCAAUGCCAUCGGGCUUGUCAUCAGCGUUGCCAUCUGGUUCUCCUCUAAUGUCGGGGAAGCCACCAAAACCACUUUUUGGAACAGCUAGUAGUACACAAGCGUCGUCGUCCUUUGUGACGCCAAAAGCAAAGACAUCAGCCCCCUCCUUUGGGUCUACUUCUACUUCCUCGGCCGCAUUUCCACCUAUGUCGAACACAGCACCGACACCCUUUGGCGCAACUCAAUCCAAAGCUCCGAGUGGUACGACUUUGAAGAGUUCCUCUUCUUCUUCAGCAGCGUUCCCACCAAUGUCAGCCAAAGCACCAACUCCUUUUAACGCAACACAGUCAAAACCAAGGACUUCGACAGCAAAGUCAUCGUCGGCAUCAUCAGCGGCAUUUCCACCCAUGUCGGCCUCAGCACCGACACCCUUUGGCGCGACACAAACCAAGGCAACCACCACCACCACAAAGGGUUCUAUGUCAUCAGCAGCAUUCCCACCAAUAUCAGCCAAAGCACCAACUCCAUUUGGUGCAAUGCAAACCAAGACGACAAAUGCAAAGAGUUCUACGUCGUCACCAGCCGCAGCAUUCCCACCAAUGUCGAUCAAGGCGCCAACUCCAUUUGGUGCGACACAAACCAAGACGACAAGUGCAAAGAGUUCGACAUCAUCAGCAGCAUUCCCACCCAUGUCAGCAAAAGCACCAACUCCAUUCGGCGCUGCGUCUUCCUUGUCGUCUUCAGCUGGAUCCUAUCCUCCCAUGGCUAGCAAAGCUCCAACGCCAUUCGGAGGAGUUUCAACAUCCUCAACAUCUAGCGGUUCCUCCACCUCGCACAAAGAGAGACUUUUUGAGUUUUACAAGAAGCACAAUCCGUCCAAGUUGGAUACGGUGGACGCAACAUUGUUAAAGUACAAGGGGAAAGAAGAUGAAAUGUUCCAAAAGCUGGAGGCAAAAUACAACAAGGCUGGAGGAAGCAGUGCGAGUCCAUUUCCCCUUCCUUCGGGAGAGGGUCCAACAUGCUUUGUUGAAUUUGCAGUCGAUGGGAAGAAUAUCGGAAGGGUGGUUGUCAAGCUCUACAAGGAUAAGGCACCACUGGCAGCUGAAAAUUUUCGGUGUCUCUGUACUGGGGAGAUUACCGGCGACAAACGUUUGACGUACUUGGAUUCCAAGGUUCAUCGCAUUGUUCCAAACUUUUGCAUUCAAAUGGGCGACAUUACUCGAGGGGAUGGUAGAGGCGGAAAAAGUAUAUAUCCUCCCAAUAGUGAACAUGGAGACGCAUGGGGAAAGUUCAAGGAUGAGCCAUUUAUGCAACAUUCCAAACCGGGUCUACUCAGCAUGGCCAAUUCUGGAAAGAACACAAAUUCAUCUCAAGUAUUCUUCACCCUGAAAGCUGUGCCAUACUUGGACGGAAAACAUGUUGUCUUUGGAGAAGUGACAAAGGGCUUUGGCGUAGUCGAAACCCUUGGCAAGAUUGAAACAAACUCGAAGACCCAAGUGCCAAUUUCUCGUGUAACCAUUGCUGCCUGUGGAGAAAUUGUAGAUGGCAAAGAUGUCGCGUGCCCAGCAAAGGAAGAAACAAAAUCCACUCCUUUUGGAGUUCCUAGUGCAUUUGGACCCGCCAAAGCCCCAAGUGCAUUUGGCUCGACUUCUACUUUCGGUUCAGGAUCAACAGGGGCCUCGCCAUUCAGUUUUGGAGCAACAUCGACACCGGGAGGCACAAGUUUAGGAGGAGGGGACUCUUCCAAGGCAUCAGGAUUCAGUUUUAGUGCAACUUCGACACUUGGAACAGCCACAUCAUCGUCCAAGUCGUCCGGGUUCAGCUUUGACACAUCAUCCUCUCUUGGCUCGGGGUCAAAAACAGCAUUUGGCACAGUGGGCGGUGGCCAACCAUCAUUUGGCUCUUUGGCUACCAAAGACGCCAAGGAGAAUCCAUUCACUUUCGGCGCACCAUCGAGCACUCCCAAAUUCACAUUUUGA